AGAGUUUAAUGACGGCACACCUGAACAAACCGACAUGCCCCUUCACUGGAGAGUCCCUCUUCAUUAUUGUCUGUAUGAGUGUAAAACAUAGAGACAGAUUCAGAUUAGGAUUAAGAUGACUUUAUUAAUCCCCGAAGGUCAACUCACUUCGCAGUAACCCGCCUUGUUGUUAAAUGAUCUGGAACAGACAAACACCAGACACUCACAUGACCCAAACAUUCCCCUGUCAGCACCACAAAUCAGCAAUAAAUAAAUAACUAGGUAAUAAGUACAUGUGCAAUACGUUCAGCAGUGGAAUGUCUAAAACAAAAAAUAAUGUGAUAAAAAGAAUCAAAUAAGAACUAGAACAAUACUGGGACUCCAAAAUCCAACAGAGGCCACCAAUCUGCUACUUCCCUGCAGUCUCAGCCUAUGCCUUCGGAGGGCGUAGUCUUUAAAUGUGGGUGCUUGCUCCCUGAGAGCCCUCUUCCCUCUGCUCAGAGCUCUCGUCAGCCCCGCUCUCUCCGUUAAUCACAACACCUGAGCUGCGUCCGAAUUGCCAAGUAGUAGUCGAAGUAGUAUCUAGCAUGUCCGAAUUGACCACCGGAGCGAGUAGCAUGCUACUUCAGAUACUACUUCAGAUACUAGACACGCCCACAUUGUAGGUUGGUCUCGGUGCAUCCUACGGGCAUGCUACUGACCCAAAAUGCACCGCGGGCUUCUUCUUCGUCCUCUUAAAAGUUGUAGAAGCACAUGUGAUGCUAGCGCCAUCAGCUACUGCCUAUUUAGAUGCAUCGCGAACGCCGACUGGCCACAGCAGCGCGCACCAUGUCGGAGCAGCAGCAGGCGGGACCGCAGCAGUACAGAUGGAAGUUUCAUGUAACUUCACACACUGUCCUAAAAAAUGUGCGGUUGUAUCUCUUUGUCAUGUCAUGGUGUCAUAUUUGCCCAAAUAAUCAUUUUAUGAGCAAACAUGUGGCGACAUCAUGGAGGUAAAGCUCACUUAUUCCAUCUUUAAACUGCACAGCUGCAGUAAUCAGGCAGAUCUCAUUGAACAAACGAUCACCACGUGAGUGAAUGAAGGAUAAAAGUAAUGGAAAAGCUACUUUGUGAAUUUCUAAAACAGUGCAGGAACAUAAUACAGCAGCAUCCAUCACUUGCACAAUUACCAUUCAAAGAGUCUAAAACGGGCGCAGUACCUACUCUCUGCCUGCGGGGGUCGUCUUUCCCCACCGCUCGUCUAGUGCAGGGGUCGGCAACCCGCGGCUCUGGAGCCGCAUGCGGCUCUUUCUUCCCUAAGCUGCGGCUCCCAAUGGAUUUGGAAAAUAAAUAAUAAAUACUUAAUUGCAUUUUAUUUUAUUUUAUUAUUAUUAUUAUUUUUUGUAAUUCUAAAUUCAAAGAUUAUAAUGCUCUUGUGACAUUAAAUAAACUAUUAAGGCUGCAACAACGAAUCGAUUAAGUAGAUUCGUCGUGACGAAAAAAUCCGUUGCCAACAAAUUCUGUAAUCGAUUCGUCGGGUCUUUAUAUAUGUCCAUGGACACCGGCGUGUAAACAUCAGCAGGACGCACAGAAAAGAAACAGCCGAGGCAGCGGCUGAGAAAAACAUGGACACAACCCAACCCAAAUCCCGACCUAAAACAUCAGUGAUGUGGGAAAACUUCACCAAGACUGAAAAGGAAGGCGUUCAGUGCAACAUUUGCAAAGACCGUUUUGCAUGGCUCGGGAGUACAUCGAUGAUGCGUGAGUACAGGGCUCUCAAGUCUCACGCAUUCAGCGUAUGACACACGCAUUCCCACUCGUUCACACGCUCACACACCACACAUUGUAUUUCUCACGCAUUUAAAUGAACACGGUGAUGUCCACCAAGUUGCACUUCUUCAACUUUGGAACUGGGGGAAAUCAACUGAGUUCCUCCGAGAGUUCAGAAGCUGCGUGGCACGCACAAGCCAAUCAAAUAAAGUAUAUCUACUGAACAGCCAAUCAAAAAGCAGCAUUGCUGUAUCCGGGUAGAUUUUGAUAUCUUGCGGUUUAACUACAGAAGAAGACAGACACUCGCCGAAAUAGUUCAUUUAUUUCAUAAAUGCAACUCGCUACAGUUUUUUAUAUACUUUGUAUAAAGGUAAAAAAAAGAUAUAUGCAGUGUUAUCUUCAUUUUAGAUGUCAAAGAGGUUUUGUGGCUCCCUGUGUUUUCUUUUCUGUGGGAAACUGGUCCAAGUGGCUCUUUGAGUGUUUAAGGUUGCCGACCCCUGACCUAGCCCCACUUCUGCAUGUUUUUGGGAUGUAGGGGGAAACCAGAGUACCCGCAGUAAACCCACGCAGACACUUGGUGAACAUGAACGCACUUAUGUCAUUCAAAUUAGGGAUGUUUGGGCGCUGGUCCCUGGUGCCCUUUAGGGACAUUUCUAUUUGGUUAGGACUUUUAUUUGGCUCUCCUGUCCUCACAGAUUUCCACCAUAAGAGCCUUCCGCCCACAGAGUCCUGAGUGAAGACGGGGAUCGAAGAAAGAAAACACCUGAACAGAUUGGAUGUUAGCAAAUCUAAUAAAACAAAUACUAAAACCUGGAUGUGUGUGUGUCUUAAAGGGCAAAGUUAUCACUACUCCAAUUAAUUUUUGGGACAUCUGCAUCAUCAGUGUGAUAAUUUUAGCAGAGACACAUGCAGCACACAGAUUAUCCACUAGAGGGCAAGCUGCAUGUAAUAAAUGCAAUACAAAGAUGUUCGGCCUGUGACACUGGUGUAAUUCUGCACGGAUGAUUUUAACACUUUUAAGAUUAAUGAAACAGUCAAACUGUUACUGGAUAAAAAAAAUAAUUAAAAAAAACAUGUACUGACCAGUUUGAUUAUUUAAUUUUACAGUCCUUUCCUAAAUGUGUUUAUCCAGUGACUUAGUUCUCAAAUAAUUCCAGUGUUACAAAGUUAUAAUGACAUUUAGCAGACACUUUUCCAAAGUGAUGUACAUUCAAGAGCAAUAACAACACAAACAAGAUCUAGACAAGAGGAAACAAGAUCAGGAGGAGCAACAUAUGCUUCAGGUCCAUUUGGACUCAGGUUCUGUUAGGCAGUGUUAAAGGCAAUGCAGAGAGUAAAUGAAGGAUUUUUUUUAAGUAAGCAGGCACUGGGUCACUCACAAAAAGAUGGGAACAAAAAAGAAGUAGAGCAGGCUGACCUAAACUUUUUAAAACUUUUUUUAUAUCAUGUCUUUUUUUCUUAUAAAUUUUCUUUUGUCAUCAGUGUGGUGGAGAUUAAAAGAAAAUGUGAUAUCUACUUAUUCUUGUUUAUUUACGUCUCCUGGCCAAAGUCAAAAUGUUUUUAAGCCAUCAUGACCUUGAGACAGCCAUCCAUGCUCUAAUCAGUUCAAGAUCAGACUAUUGUAAUCUACUUUAUGUCGGCAUCUCCGAAUCAUCUCUAAAUCGCCUUCAACUUGUCCAAAAUGCUGCUGCCCGUCUUUCAACCAACACUAACAGAUGUGAGCACAUCAAUCCUGUCCUGAGCUCCCUUCACUGGCUUCCCGUCUCUUUUAGGAUUGAUUUUAAACUUUUAAUGUUUGUUUUUAAAGCUCUUAACAGCUUCGACCCCAUCCAUUGAACCAAGCUUUUAACUGUUCAGGAGCCAGGUAGAUCUCUGAGGUCAUCAAACCAACGUCUGCUGGAGGUUCCCAGGUCAAAACACAAACACUGGGGUGACUGAACCUUGUCAGACGCUGGUCCCAGGCUCUGAAAUAAAACUCCAAAUCAAAAUAAAACUUGUUUCCGACCUGGACCUGUUUAAAUCUCAAUUAAAAACAUAUUUAUUUAUGCUGGCUUUUAAUACCCAGUGGCACUUUAUUUUAUAUCAUUGUGUUUUAUUCUUUUUUUAUAUUGCUCUUAUUGUUUUUAUUGCCUUUUAUUGUUUUUAUUUAUUCAUUUUUAUGUUCUAAUGUAAAACAAUUUGAUUCACCAAAAGGGUUGUAGUGAAGGACUGUAUAAAUAAAGAACAUUUACAUUCUUAUUUAUUCAUUUUAUUUUUAUGUUAAGAUUUAUUUACUUUUUGGCAAUUUUUAUUCAUUAAUUUAUUGAUUUUCUCUUUUAUUUAAUAAUUUAUUUAUUACAUAUUUUUAAUUUUUAUUUUCGUUAAAUCCACUUUAUUUAAUUUUAAUUUAAAUGUGAAUUUUUUCUUUUUUUUUUUUUCUUCGUACAUCCAAACGUCAAGUGGCGGUAGCGGCGCCUCUGCCUGUUGUGUAACAAAUAACUAACGCGAAGACGCUGUGUCGUCAAUCAGGUAAGCUAUGUAAUGCUGAAAAAUUUAGGGGAAAAGGGGAUGAACAGGAUGUUAGAAUUGUAUAAUAAGGUAUGGGAGGAGGGAAGGCUACCGAGUGUAUGGAAGGAAGCAGAGGUAGUACCGAUCAGGAAGCCAGGUAAGGACCCAUGCUCUCCUUCUAGCUACAGGCCAAUAGCUUUGACUUCGAACAUUUGUAAAAUUAUGGAAAGAAUGGUAACAGAGAGAUUGACAUAUGUGCUUGAAAAGAGAGGUACGCUGGCGAGAUGCCAAAGCGGAUUUAGAAAAGGUAGGAACACAAUGGACGCAGUGGUGAGACUAGAAAGUGAGGUGAGGAAGGCGCAGGCAAAUAAGGAAUCUGUAGUGGUAGUGUUUUUUGAUAUAGAGAAGGCAUAUGACAUGAUGUGGAAGGAAGGAUUACUGACUAAGUUGCAGGGGAUGGGGAUUGGGGGCAGAGUUUUUAAUUGGGUAAAGGACUUUUUGAAUGAUAGGAAGAUUCAAGUUAGAAUAGGGUCAGAGAUAUCUAGUAAAUAUGAAGUAAGGAACGGCACUCCCCAGGGGAGCGUAGUUAGCCCACUAUUGUUUCUUAUCAUGAUUAAUGAUGUUUUUUCAGAGGUACCAGCAGAUAUAGGAAGCUCACUGUUCGCAGAUGACGGAGCACUGUGGAAGAGAGGGAGGAACACCAAACAUUUAGUCACUAAGGUGCAGACAGCGAUUGAUGGGGUGACAGAGUGGGGAUUAGAUUGGGGGUGUAGGUUUUCAGUAGAGAAGACUCAAACUAUAAUUUUUACCUGGAAGAGGGUGGGAGUAGAUGUGUCAUUGAGUAUGUAUGGUAGGCAACUGGAGAGGGUUGAGGCAUUUAAGUAUUUGGGGGUGGUAUUUGAUAAGAGGUUAACCUGGGCAGAUCAUAUCAAGCGGGUAGAGGGUAAGUGCAGGAAAGUGUUGAAUGUGAUGAGGUGUCUUGCAGGCAGAGAAUGGGGGGCGAGCUGUGAUGCAUUAAAAACAGUAUAUGUAGCUAUGAUUAGGUCAGUUAUAGAUUAUGGGUGUAUAGUUUAUGGAUCAGCAGCAAAGUCCCUUUUAGGAAAGCUAGAUACGAUCCAGACAAGUGCAUUAAGGAUCUGUAGUGGGGCCUUCCGGACGUCACCAGUGCCUGCAGUACAGGUGGAGUUGGGUGAGAUGCCGCUAUGCCUGAGGCGCAAACAUCUCAUAGCAAACUACUGGGUUAGUUUAAAGGGCAGCAGUGGUACCCACCCCACAAAAGGAGUGAUAGAGGAGUGUUGGGAGGAGGGGAAAGGUAAGAGGGAGCAUUUUGGUAGGAUGGGGAAUAGAAUAACAGCAGAGCUUGGGGUGGGGGAGAUGGAGGUAGACCUAACAAUAGUGUAUCCAGCAAUGCCACCAUGGAGAAUGAUAUGGCCAACAGUGGAUUGGAGUGUAAUGGGAAAGAAAAGGAAAGAGGGAGGACAGGUAAGCUUGGUCAGCGUAGUUAAUCAGCGCCUGAGGGAAGAAUAUAGCGGAUUUGUUCAGGUAUACACGGAUGGGGCAAAACAACCUGAGACGGGGGUGACAGGAUUAGGGGUAGUGGUGCCAUCGAGAGGAAUUGAAAUCAAUAGAAGGACAUCAGACGGUCUAGCGGUAAACACAGUGGAGAUGUUGGGGGUGAUGAUUGCACUGAAAUGGGUGGAAAAAGUUAGAGUAAAGAGGGUAGUUAUAUGCACGGAUUCAGCAUCAGUUUUAGCUAGCAUUAGAUCAUUCCAUUCAAGCAGCCGUCAGGGUUUAUUAUAUGAAAUAUUACAGUCAGUAACAAGAAUAGUACAGCAGGGGGGUCAGAUCAGUUUUUUAUGGGUUCCAGCACAUAUAGGGGUGGAAGGAAAUGAGAAGGCAGACGUGAUGGCUAAGGAGGCGUUAGGGAAGGAAUCAGUGGAGCUGAAUGUUAGGUUAAGUAAAGCGGAAGUUAAGAGUAUGAUAUGGGAAAAGCUUAUUCAAAUGUGGCAGAAGAAAUGGGAGGGUGAGAAGAGAGGAAGGCAUCUUUAUAAGAUUCAAGAAAGUGUUAAAGUUAGGAGGUUGGGUAGUGGACAGAGAAAGGAAGGGUCAGCAUUGAUAAGGUUGAGGUUGGGUCAUUGCGCAUUAAACAAAACACUGAAAAUGAUAGGGAAACACCAGACUGGGUUAUGUGAGGGAUGUCAGGUGGAGGAGUCAGUGGAGCAUGUACUAAUGGGUUGUAGGAGAUAUGAGAUGGAAAGGGGAGAGAUGAGAAGUAAGUUGAGGGAAUUGGGUAUGCAGGACCUUACACUAAAGGGAGUAUUACAGAUGGGGGACAGGGCACAUGUGAGAGUGUUAGUCGAGUUUUUAAGGGUGACGGGGUUGAUUGAUAGGAUUUAGUCUGUAGGAGUAUGAAAGUGUGAGUGAAUGAGAUGGGAAAGGGUGGUGCACAGGGGUUUUGCAUAAGAAUUGCCAGAAGAGGGCGGUAAUGCACCGUACACAAGAGUGCCAACUGCCGUUAAACUAGAAGAAGAAGAAGAAGAAGAAGCUGUGUCGUCACUUCCUCUAGAGAGUUUCAACAUGGAGUCCAGCGGGUUGAAGCUGAGUUUCUGGGAGAAUGGACCAAAACCGGGUCAGUUUUACUCUUUUCCCGGAGGGACAGCGUCCGGUACGGGAUGCGGACCGGUCAGACACACACUGUGAGUGAUCCGCCCCGACAGAACCGGGACUUUCAACCGUGAAUUUAACAAAAAACUCCGCAGGUUUCGGUUUGAGCUCCGCGGUGCUGUAUCAUCAUGGGAGCUAACGAUGCUAAAAGCUAACGAAUAUACAUAUCUGAUUUAAUAUUUUUAAAGUUAAAUGAGUUAAAUAAAGAUAGAAAAGACUGUUAAAGGUUUAUAUAGAGUUUAAAUGUAGGUCUCCUUUAGUGGUUGGUGUUCGGCUGAAUAUUUGUUAGCUUUGUCGGAGUUUUAACGAUCUGAGUUUAUAAUAUUAUAUUUAAAAUGUAUCUUGAAUUCCCCAGCCCAACCCCUCAUUCCCACCCCACGAUCUAAACGCAACAUAAAACAUGGUUAAAAUGCUAUAACUUAAAAAGGGCUGUGCGCACUGAGGAAACGUCAUUUUAAAACUAAAGAUAAGGAAACGCUGGAGGUUUAAAAUCUAAAAACAAAGAAACAUAAAAUGAAAUUUAAGAAAUAAGAAAUAAAAUUAAAUAAAAACAACAGUAAAAGAUACUUAAAUAAGAGCACCAAAAUAGCUCAGUAAAAGACGAUCCUGUCAUUGAAACAAGAAGAGACAAAUGUUAAAACAAUUAAACAAAGUUAAUUAUAUAAAAUUUAGUUAAAAGCAAGACUAAAAAGUUAUGUAUUCAGUUUGCUCUUAAAGUCAUUCAGAUUAGUUUCAGUCCUCAGGUCUUAGGGUAGGCUGUUCCAUAGACGAGGCCGUAGUAAUAAAACGGUUCCUCACCAUAUGUCUUGGUUUUAACUUAAGGUACUAAUGUUAACAGAGAACUUCCUGAAGACUGUACCUGAAUCAUAAUAUAAAUAAAAAAGGGCCAAAGCCAUUAAGAGCUUUAAAAACCAAUAAAACAACCUUAAAAUCGAUUCUAAAAGAGAUGGGGAGCCAAUGCAGAGACUUUAAAAUCAGUGUAAUAUGAUCUGUCUUUCUGGUCCUUGUCAACACCCAUGCAGCUUAAUUUUGGAGUAACUGCAGGUGUGAAAUGUUUUUUUUGGGCAUGACAAUAAUCUGAAGGGAGUUGGUCAGAUAAAUCUCUUCAUUUCUCUCCUCUGCAGUAACCCCAUGGUCACCGGGACAUCGGUCCUCGGGGUGAAGUUUACCGGCGGUGUCAUCAUCGCAGCUGACAUGCUGGGCUCGUACGGCUCUCUGGCUCGCUUCAGGAACAUUUCUCGCCUCAUGAAGGUGCCGUUCACCGAACAACACAGAAAUCCUCAGUUUAAGUGUACUGAAAAAAAAUCUGUGGUUCUGACAGGUGUUCUUGUUCCUCAGGUGAACAGCAACACAAUCCUGGGAGCUUCAGGAGACUACGCUGACUACCAGUAUCUGAAACAGAUUAUUGAACAGAUGGUGUAAGCUGCAGCUCACACACACAUAAAAAAAAAAAUCUGCAUCUUUAUUGUGUCAUGAAUCAUCUUCUGUCCUUCUGUCAGUAUCGAUGAGGAGCUGCUGGGUGACGGCCACAGCUACAGUCCCAAAGCAGUACACUCCUGGCUGACCCGAGUCAUGUACAACCGCCGCUGCAAGAUGAACCCGCUGUGGAACACGGUGGUGAUCGGAGGUUUCUACAACGGAGAGAGGUGACCGCCUUUUUCUGUUUCCACCAUUAUCCUGAUUCAAUACUUGUAUUAAUUUUUAAACUCUUUGUUCACCUCCCUUUAGCUUCCUCGGCUAUGUGGACAAACUGGGCGUGGCCUAUGAAGCGCCCACGGUGGCCACAGGCUUUGGAGCGUACCUGGCUCAGGUGAGACAAUGAGUCUGUCUGGAGGUCCUGAUUCAAACUUCAUGAGUUCAUGAGCAGAAACAAUGUGAAAGCUGUGAAAUGAAGGACAGUUUGAAGGAAGUGAAAAAGGUUAGAGGCAGAAAAAAACUGUGCAGGACUGUUGAUGGACUUGUCAAAAGCUCAGACUCUGUCAUGAAACAAAGACUACUUAGUCUGUGGAUCGCUGGACUCCACAGCUGAUAGCAAGAGUUCUAUUUUCUCUGGACACCGCAGCAUGCCGGAUAAAUUUAGCACCGUUUAAUCGUGCCGGAAAAGAAGUCAGGCACAGACACAAAAUAAAACAUCUGUGUUCUUUUCAAAAUAAAACACUCUGUGUUUCAAGCGGAUCGUAUUUCACACCAUGCAAACGGGCGGAGACGAACAAGUGAAAGGUUUUUAGACAUAAUUUCCCCCUGAUGACACCAUGGAUGAGGAGAUUCUGAUUCUAGAAGUCUAGAAGUAGAUUUCCUCCUCUGGAAGGACACAAUCUACUGCUUAUAUGUCUAUGUGGCUGCUCUAUAGAGACAACUUGUUAUUGGGUGAUUGCACAUGAAUCCGCGGGUUCUUGUGGGUUCUUGCGAUUACUGCUGUCCAGUGAAAAUUGAUUUUGAUGGCGAAAAUCACUGCUGUUCCGGAUUGGAGCAGUUCUGGAUUCUGUGAUAAUUGGGGGUUAUGAGCUGAACUUGAUCUUAAAUCCUGGAAUUUACAAAAAAAACCUCAUGAUGUUCAUAAACUUAAAGACAAAACUGCUGAACCUCCCAUCUCUAACUAAAACUCAGGGUGAUGAUGAGUCUGUAACCUCUUAUAAAAAACUGAACUCUAUGGUGAUGAUUCUCUGUCUGCAGCUGGUCGUCAUACUUUUGUUCUUCUGCUGUUGAAAAUCUUAUUUUCUGUCUGGAUCCCUUCUCUCUGUGGAAACAGUUCACCAUGAAGAGUCCUCUGUGAGUGUGUGUUUGACCUGCUCUGUGUGUGUGUGUGUGUGUGUGUGUGUGUGUGUGUGUGUGUGUGUGUGUGUGUGUGUGUUUGUGUUUUCAGCCUCUGAUGAGGGAGGUGGUGGAGAACAAAGUGGAGAUCACCAAACAGGAGGCACGAGAGCUGGUGGAGCGCUGCCUCAAAGUUCUUUACUACAGAGACGCUCGCUCCUACAACAGGGUGAGUGCCCUUUGACCUCUCUGUACCCAGACUGCUGUCAGUCAGUCCUUUAAUAUAAUAAGAUCUUGUUCUUUACAUGCUGUGGACGUAGUAUAAAUACUGCGUAAAUACUCAUCAGGGAAAAACUACAAGAAGUUUUAAAAUCUGUGUUGUUGCUCAUCAUCCUCACAGUCGGGAUUUUUCUUUAAUUUGCAGUAAAAAAAUCUCUGAUAGUAUUUGAUAUAUGAAUUCAAUCUUUUUAUUUAUUUUUAAUAUCAGAUUAUUAAUAAUAUUCAUUUUCGCUGAGUCAUUCUUCAUGGUCAUUGGAAUCAAACAUCUGAUUGGCUCACAGUUAGUAUUUAUUUUCUAGCAUGAGAUCGCCAUUGUCACAGAGGAGGGCGUGGAGAUUAUUGGACCCCUGUCUUCUGAAACCAACUGGGACAUCGCUCACAUGGUCAGGUAGGGUUAAAGGUCACAGGAAAGUGGUUUCCCAGACAGAGAACGCAGAUCCCUCUCAUACCCUGACCAUUUUUUUAAUGAAAUGUAAUCUCAAAGGUCUGGUCUCAUAAAGUGACCUUCAUUUCCUGCUGCUUCACAAUAACAGGAUACACUGCUGCUGAUGCACUGUUUUAAUUUAAUGUGCUUUCAUUGUUUAAAAUAAAAAUCAAUGAGCAGAACCUGUUUACCUGAUAACACAAAAUCUAUGGAAACAACGAAGCUCCUUGAAUGAAACGACAGAAAUCAACACCUGAAACGAACACCUGAUAUUCACUGAGAAGGAGGUGAAGGGUUUUAGAUCACAUGACAAUGGAAUAAAAAGGAGUUCUACAGUUAAAGCUGCUAUGAGGAGGAUUUUACUGGCUAUGGAUCUGUUUCCUCUUUAUGACCCACAAAAGUACGAGAGGUCAUCACCAACAACACUCAGUGCGUUUACAUACACAGCUUAAUAGGACUAAGCUCAUAAUUUGUUUUUUUCGCUGAAUCCUUGUCCGCGUAUACAUGCAGCAGAGAAAAUUUAAUUAUUGACUUGAACAUGUCCUCCUCCCCAAAAUUAGGGGGCAGUAUUUGUCUGUUUCCGGACCUUUUUUCAAAGAUCUCUCCAUUCCUCGUUUCGCGACUGUCCACAUACUUCAAAAUGUCAAUUUUUUUCAGGAGGGAAAGCAUAGCGGGGCUCUCCUUGUCGUUCCAAAAGUGGACGUUCUUUUGUGCUUCAGCCAUGUUGCAGUUGCUUCUGAGCCCAAAGUCCUUUAAGUGAUAGCGCCACUUCUUCUCUGGUGUUUAUGUUCCGGGGUUACGGGGGCGUGGCACACGCACACAUGCACAUGCAUUGUCCGAUCAUACUCCGACUACACUGGUUACAUGGUAGAGAAAUUUGAAUUCCAAUCGCAUUAUCUGGGUGUCUUAAUCAGAGUUCUUCAACUCCAAUCAGAGUUCUCAAACUCUGAUAUUAGUCGGACUAAGGUGUUUACAUGAACUUCAGUUGUCCGGUCUUAAUUGUAUAAGGUGAUAAUUCAGUUUUCUCGAGUGUCAUGUAAACAUAUUGACUGAUUCCAGGUGACCAAAACAGACAUUUAACUUGACCGGCCUUUCAAAAAGCUUCCUGUCCUGUUAUUAAGGAAAUCCACCAUGAACAGCUUCAUGUUAGGAGUGACUGAUAAUGAGAAUCUAGAUUUGAUUAGAUUUGUUUCUUCUGUUUAUCUGCAGCGGGUUUGAAUGAAGACGAGCAGCGACUAAAGAGGCCUCUCUGCCGUGUCAGUCAACCGCUCACACAUCACUUAUCUAUCCCAGUUUAGUUUUUUCUGAUGUUCAUUGUAACUUUUGUAUAAUGAAAAAUAAAGAUGAUGUUUAAAACUGUGUUAA